CUGCAGCCAGCAAAGGUCGCAUGGCACUAAAAAAUAUUUUUUCCUUUCUUCAACCUGCAUUUUGACCUACCACCGAGAAUCGUGCUUUUUUCUUCGUUCCCCCCCCCCCAUUGGCUUUAUAUUGCUCUGAAGCAGCUCGCGCAUACCAGAACAGAAAUGGCCGACGCCUUGGCCAACAUGGACCCACAGCACUGGUCAGUAGCCGACGUUACACGCUGGCUACGCUCUCGUGAAGCUAGCAACCACAUUGCAGGCAUGUCAGAAGCCGAGUCACUGGCGGAGAAUGGUGCUGGCAGUUGGCCGCGGUUGGAGCGCCCCUCGCUGGACGCUUUACAAGAAGGAGCCGACUUCACCGAGGAUUUGGCGCAACAGAUUAUCAACUGCGUCAGAAAACCAGGCAUAGGUUCGGACCUGGUAUCCAUUCAGCGAGAGAUCCUUGAGCAGGGACUAUGGAUGGCCCGCAGCCACCGCACAAUCAACACCAUGCAAAUGCGCCCGCUGGGAUCCCGCGUGCGGCCAAAGAGAAGCACCCUGCUUUCGUACAGCCGAUUCGGUACUGGAUAUUUACAGUGGCCUGAGACCACGGGCGCACUCGAAGACAUGCACGAGGGCCCGGACAGAAGCAGCUCUGAGUCAACACCAGAUGCACAAGCAUCCCGUAGCGCGUCUCCAGAUGGAUUUGUUGAAGGCAGCCAGAUUAACUUCAGCCAGAGGGAACAUGCGCUACCCAUGGAUCUAGCCGGGCCUACUGAGACGCUGGUAGAAAUAUCUGCCCAUGUGGAGAUAACAAAUGAGCGCUCUGCUGAGCCUGCCGAUACCGGUGCUACCGGAUCUGGAGUUAUCGAGUCUACAGAGCCCGUGGAGAUGGAAGUGGUGGUGAUCUCUGAUGAUGAGAGCGAAAAAUCGGAUGUUGAGCUUAUGGAGAUCGACGAGAACGCCUCCGUUGAGUCAGGAGGACAGACAGUGGCAGGUCGGCUGGAUCCACCUCAAUCGGAUUCUGUACACCACAGCCUGAGUGAGUCUGGCGCAGGUGUAUCAACACAAAAGCAACCUCUGCCAUGCUCUGGUAAUCCAACCCAGAGCACGCCCAGUGAAUGCAUGGCCGGUGGAGGACAGGCUGCAUCUAACUCUAACCAUCCAUCCUCAGCUGCAAUAGCUUUGGAUCGUGCUGAGCAAGCGCAGCUCUUGGCAGAGUCUCCUGAUCGAGAACAGUCUAGUAGCGGCGUUGACGUACGUUCGGAUGUUGUCAGCCAACACCAUGCGUCACAUACACUAGUGCAUGAUAGUCCAGCAGGGAUGCCUAUGCCAGUGGCCGCGGAGCCCGAACAGCAGCCAAGCUCUUCUCUGAGUGUAGGCGACUCUGAGCCAGUUCUUGCUGUCGAUGACACUGGUAGACCGGACCAGCCUUCGCCAGCUGGGCAUGAGCUGCCACCGACUACAGACGCUGGGGUGGACACUACUUCUGACCCAGCCAGCCCGGAGCCUACUGAGCCGCUAUUGGAAAGCUCUUCGCCUAUUAUCCACACGAAUGCAGAUAAUCCAACACCAACCGUGGUCAGCGGGGUUACUAACCAGGGCCUUGAGCAGCCUGCAGUAUCUGACUCGGAGACCCACGCUUCUGAGCUAGCAAUGGAUACUGAGGCAAGGUGGACACCUAUGCCUGCUCAGUCGCUGAACAUUGGAAAGGCGCUGUAUCUGCAACUCUACGAUGAUAGCUCUGGCUCUGACACCGAAUCUGAACCUGGGACCCCACCUCGAUCUAUUGCUUCACCAGCACUAGCAGUGGACACCACACCCGAAGUGAACAUUGACACCACAUCUGAAGUGGAUAUAGACAUUUCUUUGUCGUCGGAUAGUGAUGAGAAGAUGCAGGCAGCAGGUAGCGGAGAUGGUUCCGAACUGCCAAAGUCGCCAGCACAGCCAGGUACGCCUGACGUACCAGCAGCAGUGGCGCCAAAGGCAAAGAAACGCAUAUUGCCUACCCUUGUCACCAAGGAUGUGCCACAGUUGGCAACUGGCAACCUGGUCGACUCUGACCCGCUCAUAUCUGACCAGGGGCGUGCGUGCCCACAUCUGCCCCGUGAGAAGGUCUGUGCUGCACUCGAGUCGGCCUUUGUAAACACCCCGGCUGCCAGGCUAUUUACCCGUUCGCGACAGCCUCGUUUUCCGCCCAACGUUGAAGCUGCGCCAGGCAAGUUCAGCUCGCUUUACGCCGACAAGGAUCUGGAUGCAUUCUGGUUUCGACGCUUUUCGGCAGAGACCCUGAGGAAAUGGGCCCUUUCUAAGCGCCUGCAGCUGCGGACGUCGAUGGAGCAAGUCCAGCAAUGGCAUUGGCGGUAUAUGGAGGCACGCAUGGGUAAUAUAUACAGCAGUGCAGGCAGCGAUGGGCUGGCGGCGACAGAUGGUGAGGCUGAUCCUAUUCUCCCUGUAUACGGUGAGUCUGGUUCAGAAGCCGAAGAAUCAGACAUGCAAGCCCGGCAGAUUGAACACGAGGUGCGGGAGGAGCAGGCGCAGUUGGCAAGGUUGAAUGAAACCAGGAAAUGCCAAGCCGCGCGAGUGAGCAAGCUCAUUGACCGUGCGAUCGGGUCAUUCAUGCACGACUGGGAUUGCAAAGAAAUCCACUCUCUCUCGAUCCAGGGGCAUAGGCUGUGGGGCCAAUACAUUAACCUGCGCGACAAGUUGGAAAAAGACCUGGAAGACUUGCGCUCCCGGCGUCUCCCCAAACUGCGCAAAACAUACAUUGAUAGCGGCACGACUGGCGAAAAGGCGCUACUGAAGCUGUGCGAGGGCAUGCGGCCAACCGUCUACUCGAUUAAGGAGAAGGAAUGGCUGCUCGUCCUAACAUCGCUUCCCAACGCUCCCCGGAGGCUGAAGCCAACUCGGCGUCCAUCGACUGAAGCCCGCCUGGCAAAAGCAAAGCGGAGACGACUCGCCAAAAGCGCACAGAUAUCUGCCGCGGGUGCGGUGCGGGUGCGGAUGCAGAUGCAGAUGUGGAUGCGGAUGCAGAUGUGGAUGCGGGUACUACUAGCGAUGACAUGAACGACUUUAUUGACGACUCAGCGGACAGGAUGGACUGUGAUAUGACCACGGAGCAUGAUGGCAAUGCACCACAGGCGGAUGAUCCGCAGCUCGCGCCAUCCACCCACACGUGGCAGAGAGGACCGAAUCGGUGGCAAAGGCAUGUUCGCACAGCGCAGCGGGAUGCGGAUAUCAGUCAGAGCUGUCAGCCGCUUUGCACAGACAAACCGAGUUGCGAUGGCUAAUGGACAGGUGGCCCAAAGCGCUCGAAGCUUGUCAGCAGCCGAAAUCCUAGCCAAAAUC